CCGAAUUUACCCCAUCCAGUCAUUGCUCUUGGAACCCGCUCUGGUGUCUUUCAGAUAAUAUUCGGCAUCGCGUUCGUCGCGUCUUGACGUUUGUUACGGAUUCACGCCUUUCACGAGAGACACGCAUAGAAUCACGGCUUCUCCCCCCACCACCAUCCAAUACUUGAUCACCCCGCCAGCCCCUUCGCUCCCGGUGAAUCAAAUAUCAACUCUUCAAUCCUGGCGGCGGCUCACAAGGGACACUCCUACUCUCCCAAAGUUCCUCGCCAUCCUCUACACCCUUUAGAUCGAUCUUCUAACGAGAUGGCUUUUGCUCCGAGAUACCCGCAACCCCAUUCUACACACCAUGUUCAUGGUACUGCUGGGUCAUAUUCACCCCAGCAGAAUCCCGGAGGUGGGGUCAGCGGAGGAUCUCCCCAUAUCCCCAAUGCCUCGAUGCAUCAACCAGGGAAUCAACACUCCCCACAGAUGCCCACCACAAGCCAUCAAUAUUACACACCAUAUAUGACUACCGCUAUACCCCAGCCUGGUCCAUUCUUUAUGCAAUCUUCGGAUAACGGUUUACCACUUAGUGGUCAGAAGUCGAUAGCUUCCCCGCGGAUGAACACAGGGCCAACAAAGGUAAAGAGAGAAGGAACACAGAAUAGGUCGCCCCAAAUGGCUUCUUCAACCACAAACCAGGUUGGUUCAGGUCAACAAGUUAUACAACCUCCGAAUCAGCAGGUUUCUCAACAGACAAUGCAAAAUGUAGCCCAAUUGUCUCAGCGAAGGAUGAGCCAACAGCAGGGUCCGACAGGCAGCCCUUCGUUGCAGCAUGCCCAGCCAGUCAACAGCACAAGAACAUCCGCGCCCCCACAACCUCCCGCAACCCAGCAAACGGCUCCACCACCACCUCCUCAAUCACAACCCCCGCCUUCGCAACCCGUCCAACAACCACCAAUGCACCCCCCCGUUCAACCCCAUCAGCAGUCUCCCGACCUGGGACCACCUGAGGAAUCCCCCCUCUAUGUAAAUGCCAAGCAGUUCCACCGAAUAUUAAAGAGAAGAGUAGCUCGGCAAAAGUUGGAGGAGGCCCUUAGACUAACGUCGAAGCAGCGAAAGCCCUACCUUCAUGAGUCACGACACAAUCAUGCCAUGAGGCGACCGAGAGGGCCGGGAGGAAGGUUUUUGACGGCAGAAGAGGUAGCGGAUAUGGAGAAGAAGCAGAGGGAACAGAGUGGUAAUGGUGCUGGGGAUAGUAAUGGUGGGAACAACGGGCAACCAGCCGCCGUGACGAAGAAUAAGGAGGCGGAUAAGGCCAAUGCCACCCGAACACCCAACAGGAUGCCACCGAAUGCAGCGCAUCCCCACAGUGGAGGAGGAAGCAGUGCUCCGACAAGUGGGUCAAUGAAGAGGAAAGCUGGACAGGCGGGGUUGCCGUCUAGUAGCCCGGUGAAGAAGGCUAAAUCUUCAAACCCACGGUCUCACAUACCCAACAUAAACAGCGAGAGUGACGAUGAGGAGUUGGGUGAGGAGGAUGAUUAG